AUGGCCCCUCGCACACGUACUACAGCUCUCAAACCAGCUUCAGCACCUCCUGUUGAAGCUCAGCCGACUUCUUCCGGUCGCCCACGCACAUUGUCCGCCAAGCAGCAACAGCUCGAAGUUGACAAGACACAGAAGCAAGCAGCGUCGAAGGACAAAGCUUACGUCCAGGCCCUACAUUGUCAUCAAGCCCAGGAAGCAAUCAUGGGCUAUCAAUCUAUACCUGUCCAAAGUCCUGUUGAGGCCGAUGUCGAGUCUGAGGAUGAAGACGACCAGCCUGUUGUUCACACUGGUCAAGGAUUUACAUCUUUUACACUUCAACCAGUCAUCAAGACCACCGAAACAAGAGGGCCGUCCAAGAAUCUUGUUCGACGUGUCACUGGACAGCCUCCUCAAUCUUCGCCAUCCAUGAUGGAUGAACACACUCCUGGUCCAUACAGCCCCAAAAGCAUGUCACUUUAUGGGCGGCCUGAUGGUACCUACUAUACGAAAGAAAAGAGGUAUCCGGAAGCAGAGAAUAGUGAUGAUGAGUUUGGAACCAAAUCGACGCUCUACUCACAACCAGUGGUCUACAAGUACCCUGAUGCACACCCUGAGCUCGAAGCUUUCCCUCGCGCAGAGUCUGCUCAUGUUUCAAAGCAGGCCGAGCAGGACCAUCAAGCUGCCCUCACCCCAUCUGUUCGUGCUUCGAAGCAACCUACCGAGUCAUCAGGCUCGCGAAGACGCGCCCGAGUUGCAGACUUUGACGAACUCAGCAAAUCCCUUCUCGAGGAGACUAUCUCGAUAUACCGCGCUCAGAUCGGUGGUGUCCAACCCUAUCCGGACCGCCUUGAGGAUCGCGAUACGGCCACAGGAGCUUGGGUGGAAUCGUGUAAUGCACGAGGUGUUCGCGUCGAGUUUGAUGAAGACAUGCUAAAGCUGAUCACUGCUCGUGCAUCUCAAGUCCGUGGCCAGCUCAAGACCAUCGCGCGGCCUUUGGUUGAGGCUGCAUAUGGAAUCAAUCCAAGUGCUCCCAAGCGCGAGAUCAGAAAUCUAGACACAAAGGCUCGCAAAGGCCUCUACCGUCACCCCGUGUUCCAAGCCAUCAUCAACAAAAUGUGGUUCCGAAACAAGACCGACGACAGAGUCAUUCAUCCGGAGUUCUCUGAAGAUGACACGCUCUCGAAAAUAACGAUGGCUCUUGUCAUCACUGUUGCUGAGAGCUGCAUUGAUGAAUGGCAAACCGGCGAGCACGUCGAUGUUCAAUUCACCGCAACAGCAUACAAGCACAAGUUCAAUGCACAUCUCAAACAAAUCAUCGAGUUUGAAAAGAAGACGCAGGAGUCCAAGAUCAUCCCUCGCCUCCUCAAACAUAUUCUCAAGCUUGCAAAGCUCGGUCACGCUUUUGUGACGCGGGACUUAGUGAAAUUUCACGGUUCACACUUGGUACUGUACAACCACAACGACAUGCGCGACUCGACCACUACCCCUUCCCCCGAGUCUUCAUCAAAACCGAGGGGUUCUUUCUCAAACCUUCCAUCCUCUCGAUCUCGUUUAGAGCCUCCCUCUGGCUCUCUUGCAACACUCUCAUCCACCACCGCUUUUGCCGACGUCUUCAGCCGGCGUCGCCGCUGA